AUGCUUCCACCUAAGAAGUAAGAAAUGGUUCUGAACUUUGUGAAGGGAACAACCUUCAUGUUCCUAACAGGACUGGGCAUUACUGGGAACACCUUUGUCCUUGUGAGCUACAUUUGUGUUUUCAGAGGCAGUGAGAAGAAACCUAUCCACCUCAUUCUCAUCCACUUGGCUUUAACAAAUAUCCUAAUGCUUUUUACCAAAGGUACACCAAGGACAAUAGCCAGCUUUGGUUUGAGAAAACUUCUAGGUGACAUAGGCUGUAAGAUUGUGGUUUAUCUGGAGAGGGUGGCCCGGGGCCUGUCCAUCUGCACAACCAGUCUCCUCACAGUGGUCCAGGACAUCAUCAUUAGUCCCAGAGCCUCCAGGUGGGGGAGGCUGCAGCCCAGGUCUGCAUGGCACGUCCUUCCCUUGUUGCUCUUCUGUUGGAUUCUCAAUUCCUCGAUAAGCACAAACUUACCAUUUUACAUCAAAAAUACCAACAGCUUGAACACAUCAGAAUUUAGUGAAAGUGACAACUACUGCUAUUUUAUACCAGAAAACUGGAUAAUCAGAUCGAUUUUUAUUGCUCUCAUGGUCCUUCGAGAUGCUGUGUUCCAGGGUGUCAUGGGCUUGGCCAGUGGCCACAUGGUCUUCCUCCUCCACAAGCACCACCAGCACGUGCUCCACCUUCAGACCUCCAAGCUCCUCCACAGAACCCCCCCUGAGGUGAAGGCUGCGAAGAGUGUUUUCCUUUUGAUGCUCUGCUUUCUCUUCUUCUAUUGGGCAGAUUGUUGUGUUUCAUUAUGUUCAGUUUUCUCCUUACUGAAGGAUUAUGUAUCUGGAAGUGCUCAUGAAUUUCUCAUCAUUGGUUAUGCGAUUGUUAGCCCAUUUCUGCUGAUUCACAGAGAUGGAUAUCUGGUUGAAAGUUGCCGUGCUCACUAA